AUGGGUGUUUCUAAGUUUUUUAGAUGGAUGAGCGAAAGAUAUCCCUUUGUUCUCCAACUGGUCGAAGAAAAUCGUAUUCCUCAAUUUGACAAUCUCUACUUGGAUAUGAACGGAAUUAUUCAUCACUGCAGUCAUCCGAAUGAAGGAAGUGCACAUUUCAGAAUAACGGAGGAAGACAUUUAUUUGGCGAUAUUUUCGUAUUUGGAGCACUUGUUUGCGCUAGCCAAACCACAGAAGGUUUUUUUCUUGGCGGUUGAUGGUGUUGCACCACGAGCCAAGAUGAACCAGCAGCGUUCUCGAAGGUUCAAAACGGCAAAAGAAAAUCAAGAAUUGAUUAAGAAAGCGAUCCGAAAAGGCGAAAAGCUUCCAGAUACCACUGGUUUCGACAGCAACUGCAUUACUCCUGGCACGCCGUUUAUGGCUCGAUUAUCUGAGCAGUUGAAAUACUUUAUCAACAAGAAGGUAUCCGAGGACUCUGCUUGGCAGUCAGUCCAGGUAAUAUUCAGUGGACACGAUGUACCAGGAGAAGGGGAGCAUAAAAUCAUGGAAUAUAUCCGACUUUCUAAAGCGCAGGAAGAUUACAAUCCCAACAUUCGACAUUGUGUCUAUGGCUUAGAUGCAGAUCUCAUCAUGUUGGGAUUACUAUCACAUGACCCACACUUUUGUCUUCUACGAGAAGAAGUCAAGUUUUCGGCGCAGAAAAGCUCCUCAAAAGGACUCGAAAAUCAGAAAUUUUACCUCCUCCACAUCUCUCUCGUUCGCGAUUAUCUAGAUUGGGAAUUUGCAAGUUUGCGCCAGGUCAAGACUUUAGAUUAUGACCUCGAACGAAUCAUCGACGACUUCAUUCUGCUCUGUAUAUUUGUUGGAAACGAUUUUUUACCUCACCUGCCCAAUCUACACAUCAACGAAGGCGCACUAGGACUGCUUUUCGAUAUCUACAAGAAGGUUUUACCAAAGGCGGGAGGAUAUUUGAACGAGUUCGGUACCCUUCACACUGAACGAUUGCAGCUAGUCUUAAAUGAAUUGAUCUUGUAUGAGCGAGAGAAUUUCGAGCAUAUAUGCGCCGACUCUAGCUGGAUCGAAAGUAAACGUUCGUCUCGUAGCCAGUCGAAAAAAAAGGCAGCUAACAACCACCUAAUUCUAAGUGAGAGUCAACGUACUCUGCUUUCAAAAACUGAACAAUUUGUCAAAUCCAAUCUACACUCUCCGAACAAAUACGAUGCUAGCUUGGCCCUUCCAGCAUGUUACCCCGCAAAAGAUAGAAAGUUUCUACGGGACUUGGCUGCGGAAUUGAAUCUAUGCAUCUCUUUUGACGAGUUUAACGAGAACGAUGAGCCUCUAAUCACCUUGGCUUUCGACCCGGACCAAUCGCUGCCAGAAGAUCCGGCUGUCAAUGCCGUACAAGACAUGUUGGAAGAUUUCCAACUCGGUGAAACGACCAAACUUGAUGCUCAUUUAUCCGAAUCCAAGGUCGAAGAAGUCUUUAAGAAGUACAACCAAGCCGCAAAUGAGCCUGAAUGGAACGAAAACGAUUUUGACCAGGAACAGGAAAAGAAAUUUCAAAAGGCGCUAUCCGAAUGGAAGUCGCAGUACUAUCACGAAAAAAUGAAUCUUGAUUUUGCUGAUCCUGAGCAGCUCCAUAAGCUCGCCUACGCCUACACAGAGGGUUUACAAUGGGUUCUACAUUACUACUAUGACGGUGUUGCUUCGUGGAGCUGGUUCUACCCAUAUCAUUAUUCUCCAAUGAUUUCGGACUUAAGCAAUGUGGCGCCAUACAAGUUUUCUUUUAACCUUGGUCAACCAUUCAAACCUUUCGAGCAACUCAUGGGUGUUCUUCCAGAAUUAAGUUCCGCGCAUGUUCCACCUGCAUUUCGAGAUUUGAUGACAAACUCAGAAUCUCCAAUCAUCGAUCUAUAUCCACAAGAGUUCGAAACGGAUCUCAAUGGCAAGAAGCACGAUUGGGAAGCAAUUGUUAAAAUCUCUUUCAUUGAUCAAGACAGACUCCUCAAGGCUAUGAAAGCUCAUGAGCACAAGCUUUUAGAUGAAGAACGCAGGAGGAACGAGUUCGGCCCCACUUGGCAGUUUCGUUACAACCCACAAACAGCGGUCACCUAUCCAUCCUCGUUACCGGGCUUCUUCCCCGAACUCCACAAUUGUCAUUCGGAAAUGACGGUGUAUGAUCUUCCGACAAUCCAGGGAUUACGACUGAUCAAGGGGCUUUGUCAAGGCGUCCUAUUAGGAAAAGAUACCGUUGCUGGCUUCCCUUCACUUCACAACUUACCCCACACAGGCACCUUACUGUUCCAUGGGAUCAAAGUCCAUCAAUCCGAGAGCAAGGGGGAGACGAUCGUGUUAAAUGUUCCGAACGUCUACGAAGGUACGAAGGUAGAAGACCUUGCGAACACGCUCCUCGGCUCUCGAGUUUAUGUGAAUUACCCGUUCCUUCGAGAAGCAAAAGUUACGGCGCUUUCAGACAGUCUUUUCAGGUAUGAGCUCGACCCGCACUCGCAACGUUGUCGGUCGAUCCCUCAUGAUGAGCGGACAUUGGCGACCUGGCAACGCAACGCUGACGGAAUCGAGUACGAGCUCUCAAAAAAGUGCGGAUUGGUCAUCGGCGACGUCGACGUGAUCGUCCAUGCGAAGCCCAUCAAAGGCCUUCAGAGAAUGGAGGAUGGAGCUUUGGUCAAAGAAUACGAAGCCCGUGAUUGCGAUUAUGCAUUGCAAACCGUCGUCUUGAAGGUCUCCUCAGUUGACCCCCGAUUCAUGGAACAAAGUGCCAAAUCUAUUACGGAAGAAUUCCCUGAGGGAAGCAAAGUGUUCUUCCUUGGCGCAUUGUUAUAUGGCGCUCCAGGGCAGGUAGUGGGACAUUCUAAAGAUAAACUGAACCUACGUAUCAUGUCAUUUCCGACGGACAAUGAAGAGAAUUUUGCGUUUCGGAGUGCAUUAAGAGCAGAAGGCAGCUCAAAGCCAUACAUCCCUUCCCACGUCUUAUGUAGACGGCUAGGGAUCAGCGGAUUAACUCUGAGUAAGAUCACUUCGAGUGUCUUGGUCCUGGAAAAACCAGGUAGUGAUAGCAAGACCAACAUCGGCCUAAGUAUGAAAUUUGAAGCAAAAGGCCAAAAGGUACUCGGCUUAACUAAGAAAGGCGAAACCGGAUGGGAAUAUUCUUUCGAAGCUAUCAAACUAAUCGAAGAAUAUCUAGAACAAUUCCCGGAGAUCACACAAAGCUUAGAGACCCGAGGGCACGAUAUUCUUCGAGCGCAAGACAUCUUCCCCGAUGAGCCGGAGGCACGUCUAUCGGCGGUGAAAGGCUGGAUGAAAGCGAAGGGCAUCCGCGAUUUCGACCGGGUACCUUUGGAGACGGACUCUUUAGAGCGGGGGACAAUCGAGCGAUUCGAGGCGGUGACGGCCAAGUUCCUAGCCGAGCGGACGCCGGAAAACGUCAAGCAGGCCAUCAUCCGCAACGUGCCCCGUCGGGCGAUCCUCAAACCCUCUCACGCCGAGGAACAACUCGGAAACCAAUCUUUCGAGUUAGCCGACCGAGUCGCCAUGGUUAGCGAUCGCGGAACCGUGCCUAUUAGCGCCAAGGGAGUCGUCGUCGGGAUCACAGAUAAGUUUAUCGACGUCGUCUUCGAUGCCCCCUUCAUUGGUGGAACGACCCUGUCAAAUCGUUGUGAGAUGUAUCGAGGGGUUUCGAUAGGACCGAGUACGAUCUUGAAUCUGACUACGCCCCAAUACCGUCAAAGCAUUACGGGAGGAGUUCCACAGGAGAAAGCCGCGGUGAAGAAGCACGGCCAACCAGUAGACACGCACGUUGCGGGCACUCAGUCAGCCGUUCGAGGCCGGUGGCAGACAGACGGGGCGUUGGCGGGCAGCAACAUUGUGCGGGGAGGUCCGGUGAUCGCGAUUCAUUCACGAGGAGGACCACCGCCACGCGAGCAGGUGGGCCGAAACGCAGUGGAGCCGGGGCGAAUCCACGGCCACCCGGUCACCCGGCCUGUGGAGCCUCCGGCGACGUCUGGGCCGGGCGCCGGCCCUUCGUGGCGUGGCGGCAUGGGACGCAACGGAAACGACGCUGCUCCUACCCGGGGCAAGACCACGGGCUCAUACCGCGGCGGCCCAUCCGGGCAUACCAUCCUUGCCCGGCCCCCACCCGUCCAGCCCACGGCCCCUCCCCAGCCUGGCCCGACUCCCAAACGCGAUGGCCCGUCGUGGAAGGAGCGCAUCGCCGUGAUUCCUCCUGCGUCUCGUGGGACUGGUCGGGGCUCCAACGGUCCUCCUCCCAACGGCCGAGGUAAUCCGGCUGGCAGGGGGGGUAGGGGCCGGGGCCGGGGCGCAACUAGAGGAUGA